UCGAUGUUCGAUGGGUAUCUGCAAUGCCCCUGCGACCUUUCAGCGGACCAUGAACAUGGCUUUCCAAAAUUUCGUGAGGAAGACUCGAUUGGCGCAGAGCAUCAUCAACUACUGCGUGAUUGUGUACAUGGAUGACAUCCUGGUGUAUUCGAGUUCCUACGAGGGACACGUGCAGCACGUCGAAUGGGCACUGCAUGCGUUACGAGAUGCAGGCUUCAAAGUGGCGCUUGAGAAGUGUCCGUUUUUCCUCAUCACCAUUUCCUUCCUAGGGCAUGUGGUGACAGACAAGGGACUCCAACAGGAGCCGCAGAAGGUGGCAGCUGUCAGGGACGUACCGGUGCCUACGACUAUCACGCAAGUUCGCGCUUUUCUGGGCCUAGCCUCGUACUACCAAAGAUUUAUCAAGGGUUUUGUGGCGAUUGCGGGACCCCUCACAAAUCUGUUGCGCAAGGAUCAGCCGUUGAUUUGGACGCCGGAAUGCGAUCAAGCGUUUUCCACACUCAAGGCCGCUCUCAUUUCGGCUCCGGAUUACUCGGGCAUGAUCGGGCGAUGGGCAACAGUGCUGCAGAGCAUGAACUUUGACAUCCUUCAUCGAAAGCACGAGAGACACGGGAAUGCAGACGGACUGACACAACUGCACCGGCCUGAGAAGGUUCCAAAGGGUGAGGAGGUAAUUCUGUGGAACGAACCCGAACAGGAGAUCGGACCUCGAUACGGCCAAGUGAUGAUCUUAUCGAAGCAUUCAUCGGCGAGCGGGUCUCAGGACGAGCCACGUCACGACGGUGGCGGCAUUCACCGACGACAUCAGCUCGGUCAAUCUGUUAUGGCAUACCGCGACCUUGACCUCGCUGCGCGAGUGGACGGAGCAAUCCCUCUUAUCAAUCUUGGACAUUGGCGGUUGUGGCGCGAAACGUUUGAGGAGCUAUCUUUCUGCCUAGCCAGAGUACAGGUGACGUGGACGGGCACUAGCGAGCAUCCCACGUGGAUCGAGAAUCCGGGGCUGCUGAUCAUACAGGCUUGGAGGACUAACGUGGAAGGAGAUCUUCUUGGCUUUCUCUUCGGAUCGGUAUGGCCGGGUCGACGCCACCUGAUUGCGCAGGAGCUUAUCACACCGAUCGUGCAAUUGGCGAAUGAUCUCUCGCCCGACAUCUAUUUUCAGAGUGACGACGGUCCUGCUCCGUACAUUUUCGAGCGAUCAUUGGACCCGUACCUUCAGUGGACUGCGUGCUUGGAGGAACCUAGGGACGAGGAUACGCUACCAUCGCGGCAGGAGUACCUGAAGCCGUACGAGAUCAUCCCUCACGCCUUCUAUCCGAGGGCAGACGAAGUAGUGAUCGACGACGACGAAGAAGAAGACGAAGACGAAGAAACAUCGGAGGAGGGAAUCUAUAGUGAACAUAGCGAGGGCGAGCUGAGCGAAGGAGAAGAGGAGGAAGAGGAAACUCGAUCUGAGUGGGAAGCCUUGCUGGAGGAAGCGACGCGUACAGGAACGGAGGCAGACGAUCCGGAAGCGGCGCGAAAGCGCGAAGAAAUUGCCACCGGAAAGCGCCAGCUGGAGUUCGCCAGCCAAGCUAGCCUGCGCAUCGACAACGAUCCGACCAGGGAUCCAAAGCCACCGAAGCCCGAAGAUGGCGACCCUGCAGCCGCCACCUCAAGUACCGAGCGACGGAGACGGAGCCGAUCCCCCUCUUCCCCCAGCCCCACCCGUCCCCCAGUUCGCCCAUGUCCUGAUGCGGACGAUAGGCCUUCGUCCUCGAACGUUGUCAUGCCGACCCCUUGAUUUCCUCACCCUCGAGCAGAUCCGUACCCCUGUCACCCUCCCCUCCCAUCCUUUCCAUCCCCAUCUCUUGCGCGACUUCU